AUGGCUGAGGAGAAACCCAAGAAAGGACUGGAGACUGAGGACAACGAUCAUAUUAAUUUGAAGGUGGCCGGGCUGGAUGGUUCUGUGGUGCAGUUUAAGAUUAAGAGGCGCACACCACUUAGUAAACUAAUGAAAGCCUAUUGUGAACGGCAGGACACACCUGCACAGUUGGAGCAGGAGGACUGA